GCUUAAUUUUCCUGACAUUUGCGCUUUUCACAUUUGCGUUGUUUGUUGAAUUUCCUUCGGAGUUAAAACGGUUAAGAAAAUGACGACUACUAGUCAUAUCGAUAGAGAUUUAGAUCUCUCAAACGCUAAUCGUGGAGUAUGGCUAGUGAAGGUGCCAAAAUAUAUCGCGAACAGAUGGGAGAAGGCUUCUGGCGACAUAGAAGUAGGCAAGCUAAAGAUUUCUAGGACACCGGGACAAAAAGCCCAAGUGUCAUUAACAUUAUCACCAGCUGUGUUGAAUUUAGGGGAUGCUCGCGAGGAGGACAUUCCCAAAGAUCAUAGAUUAGAUGUGUCGACAGUGACGCAACAAACUCUGGGGGUAUUCUCACAUAUGACACCUGUGAAUACCGAUUCUGUUGUUCCUGAAACGGAAAAAUUGUUUAUGGAAGGGCGUAUUGUCCAGAAAUUAGAGUGUCGGCCGUACGCCGAUAAUUGCUACAUGAAGUUAAAGUUAGAGUCAAUUAGGAAGGCUUCUGUACCAGUUAGACAAGUUAAACAACUUGACAGAAUUGUGCAAAAUUAUAAACCCGUAUCAGAUCAUAAAAAUAACAUUGAAUACACAGAACGAAAGAAAGCCGAAGGCAAGAAGGCUAGGGAUAAUAAGGAAGCCGUUUUGGAAAUGCUGUUCGCUGCUUUCGAAAAGCAUCAGUAUUACAAUAUUAAGGAUCUAGUCAAAAUUACCAAACAACCCAUUAUUUACUUGAAAGAGAUUUUAAAUGAAGUCUGCAAUUAUAAUUCAAAAAAUCCCCAUAAAAAUAUGUGGGAAUUAAAACCUGAAUAUCGACAUUAUAAAGAGCAACAAAUUGAAAUGAAAAAGGAAGAAUCUGAAGAUGACGAAUGAGCUAUUUUUUUUAAAUUAUUUGUUAAUUGAAGUUUGUGUCUAAUGUUUUAAAGUAUCUACAUUUAGGUAAUUAGUUAACUAUAAAUGUUCUAAGUCCAAUCAAAUUUGUUACUUUACAUUGUAGAAGCUUGUAUGCAUGACAAGUUUUGAAUUCUAUAAAGAAUUUUCUAUUUGUUUAA